ACAGUAGUGAGUAAGGGAUUCUGUAGGCGGACCGCAGACACGUGACCCAGUUUCCUAAUCAGAAAGAUCUCGGGAUAGUUGCCCUGGUCCCGUUAUAGCCGCUGUCUGACACCGGGAUUGAGUUCAUAUGAUGCCUGACCCACAUCUCCUCUCGCCGUGUUACAUAAUCCUGAUCCUGCAGAGCGGCCGCCGCUCACCAAUCAACCAAUCACUUAUUAAUCGUUUCACUGAUCAGUUGAGUAAAGUAUUUGGACCAAACUAACUGGUACUGAAGAAUCGGCCCGAGCCGCUGCUCGGUGCUGUAAACCGUUAGUAGGCGGUUAGUAGUUUGUUAGUAGGUGUGUAAACGGGACAGGUGCCGGUUCUUGGUUCGGGAAGGUUCGGAUCAGGUGCAGCAGAACCGAGCUGACCGGCGGGGUGACCGAUUUAAUUCCCGCCCAGACGCGCCGGUGUAACAUUGUUUUGUAACAGUUUUAGUGUCCCACCCAAUGAGAAGGGCCGCUCUUGGUCACGUGAUGCCCGUUUAUGUAACGCUGUUUCCGCGCGCUGGUCGCGGAGUGAUGGAGUUAUUUGCGGCUCUUGCGCUGAGAGACGAACCGGGAGCUGCGCGAGCGGACAGCAUGGGUUCGGGUUCCGAACUAGACCGCGGGUCUUAGUCGGCCAGAACCAGGAGAACAACCGCGCGUGCGCCGCUGCUAUGGGAAUGGAGCGCGCGGACUGCAUGCUGGAGCUCGCGGCGGAGGCGGUCCGGUCCAGAAACUUCGAGCUGGCCGCGGAGAUUUACGAAGUCCAGCUCUCGCGCUUUAGCGACCCGGCCGCGCGGCGCGAGCUGCUGCUGAGGAGGGCGGACGCUCUCGCGCUGCACGGUAAACUGAGCGAGGCGCUCGAGGCGUACCGGAGAGCGUCGGAGCUCGAGCGCCUCUGCCCCGCGCAGCUGGAAAACCUGCUCCGGUGUCUGUCCGGACCGGCCCGCGGGAGAGACGGAGCGCGCGCGGAGUCCGAGGACACGUUCGCGUGCGGGAUCUGCGGGGGCUUCCUGCGCGAGCCUGUGACGCUGCCGCGCGGACACAGCUGCUGCAAGAGCUGCCUGCAGCUCGAGCGCGGCGCGGGGGUGUUCGGGUACAGGGUGAACGUGGUUCUGAGUAACCUGCUCAACAAGUGGUUCCCGGACCAGCAGCGCGCGCUCCGUCUGCGGCGCGAGGGGAACGCGCUUUGCGGGGAGAGGAGGCUCGAGGCCGCGCUGCUGAAAUACAACGAGGCGCUGCGCGCGGCGCCGAAGGAUCACCUGCUGUACAGCAACCGAUCUCAGAUCAACUCCAGCCUGCAGAGGUUUGAGGACGCGCUGAGUGAUGCUGAAUCCGCCUGUAAACUCAAGCCGCUCUGGGUAAAGGGACACAUCAGAAAAGCCCAGGCUCUCUCUGCUCUCAGCAAACCUGAGGAGGCUUUAACCGAGUACCUGAUCUCCAUCACACUGGAUCCUGAAAACAAACUAGCAAAAACAGAAGCACAGAAGUUGCUGAGUGAUCUCCUAAUGCCAGUAAAAGAUCACGUCCAGAAGAAAAUUCUUGAAGAUACAAGUUUUACGUCUUCCAGGACGAGAGUGAAAAGUGUUCUCUGUUCCAUUUCAAGCUUCAGUGAAUUGUGUGGUUUACGGAGAUCUUACACGGACUGCAACAACUACAUCAGCAGCUGUGGGGAUCAGCAUGGCAGGUCGAGUUUUGAUGAUCGUAGUGAAAGUAAAUCACACUCCAGGAGUGACAGUGACCGAUCUUCCAGCAUCAUCAAUCACAGCCUCUUCCUCAAGCGAAAACUCAGCCCCGAAAACGAAGCAACGGGUGAUGAUAACACAUGCAAGCGUUUUAAAGCAGAUGAGCAGAGAGAAAUGCGGACAGCAUGGGGUCAUGUGACCGUUGACCUCAUUGACCCAUCUGAUCUCGAGUGCUCGCUCUGUAUGAGACUCUUUUAUGAGCCGGUCACUACGCCCUGCGGACAUACCUUCUGUCUGAAGUGUCUGGAGCGAUGUUUGGACCAUAAUCCCACGUGUCCUCUGUGUAAGGAAGAUCUUUCAGAGUACUUGGCACAGCGACAGUUCUGUAAGACGAUUCUGAUGGAGGACAUCAUAUGCAAAUACUUCCCUAAAGAACUUGUGGACAGACAGAACCUUAAUAAAGAGGAAAUCGCAGAAUUAUCAAAUUUGAACAAGAACGUGCCUAUUUUCGUCUGCACUAUGGCCUUCCCCACGGUCCCCUGCCCACUGCACAUCUUCGAGCCCUGCUAUCGGCUCAUGGUCCGGAGAUGCAUGGAAACAGGAACCAAACAGUUUGGAAUGUGCAUCUCUGACUCCAGCAAAGGGUUUGCUGAUUACGGCUGCAUGCUGGAGAUCAGGAAUGUGGAGAUCUUUGCAGACGGGCGUUCUGUAGUCGACACCAUCGGCAAGAGAAGGUUCAAAGUAAUCCAGCACAGUCAGAGAGAUGGAUACAAUACUGCAGAUAUCGAGUAUUUAGAAGAUUUUCGGAUAACUGGGGAAGCAGCAGAAGAGCUGCAAACGCUCCACGAUUCCGUUUAUGACCAAGCGCUGGUCUGGCUCAACUCUCUCAAAGCAGAACAGAAAGAACGGAUCGAGGGCCAUUUUGGUCCGAUGCCAGUGAAGGAUUCCGAUCCACAGGCGAGUCCUAACGGGCCGUCGUGGUGCUGGUGGCUCCUGGCGGUUUUUCCUCUCGAAGGUCGAGCUCAGCUUCCUUUUCUGGCUCUUCCGUCUCUAAAAGACCGACUGACUGGAAUCCGCAGAGUCCUUCUACUGAUGGCGCGAAACCGCUCUCGCUGACUUCUCGCCUCACCGCCGGUUUCCUGUUUCCUCACCAGUCUCUCUACACCAGUCUCUCUCUACACCAGUCUCUCUCUACACCAGUCUCUCUCUACACCAGUCUCUCUCUACACCAGUCUCUCUCUACUCCAGUCUCUCUCUACACCAGUCUCUCUCUACACCAGUCUCUCUCUACACCAGUCUCUCUACACCAGUCUCUCUCUACACCAGUCUCUCUACACCAGUCUCUCUCUACAUCAGUCUCUCUACACCAGUCUUCUCCUGGGAAACGUGGGCUGUAAUGUAACGGCAGCACCAGCUGAGAAUUUGCCAGAUUUUUGCAGACUGAUGAUUCUAAUCAUGUACCUGAUGGAUCUUUUGAUGCUUUUUUAAUAUUAUUUUGCUUUUGGGGCUAUUUUGUAUUUUAUUAUUGUUAUUUAUAAAUGUGUGUGAUUUUUAUAAAUGUGUGCGGCACACGUUUUUUCAAGACAAAUGUGAUAUUCUCAGCUCCAAUAGUGAACAAAAAUAAACCAGUAAAAAUGUACAAAUCAACACAUAUUCAGCAAUCAGCUGAAUGUUCCUCUUUGCUCUGGUAUGAGCUAAAUUAAACACUGAUGGGAUAUUAUUUAUUAUAUUUAGAUUCCUAAUAUCAGUGUCUGUGUUGAAGGCACAUAUAGGACAGUUUAAAGUACAGUAAUUCUGUAGAUGUUAAACACAGAUUCAGGCUGUUGAGAAAAUGAACAGUAUGUAACCGUACUUGUUUUUAACCUAAGCUUUGUUUAAAGGUCUAAAAGUGUCACAUUUUGUUGUAGGCAACACAUUUCAGUUUACUGCACGUUAAAAUCACCUGUGAUUAAAACGAUGCAAAACAAACAUAAAAACUGGCAAUGUUAAAAAGAACGCACAAAUGCAAUAAUGACUAUUUUACAGCAGUAGUGUAACAAAAGGGAAACUAUAUAUGCAGAUAUUAAAGUUUACAGUUCAGUGAACCAUAUUUAUUUGCACAAGAGUUUUAAUAGUUUGUUUGAUAUUUUAAAUGAAAAUGAAGUUACUAACCCUGUACUGUACUGUAUUAUUUGGUUAUAUGUUAUGUGCUCCUAAAACUGAAAGAAAGGUUAAUCAGAAUUCUCAUUAGUAACAAGACAGACACUCUGAGACCAACAACGUCUUUUUUCUAAUGUUAAUUUCUUUAACUUUUUCACGUUUUCAUAAAAAUGUAUGUAUGAAAUGUAUGUAUAUAGUGCCUUAAUUCUGAUUUCUUCCAUAAUAUCAGUGUUUAAUGAAAAUAUAUGAAAAGUAUCCAAAGUAUACAAGUACAUAACUGUAGCUUUGCUGUGAAGAGCAGAUUAUAUUAUGGCUCUACUGUAAAACUCCCUGAAACUGUAUAAAUAUAAAUUGUUAAUUAUUGACUAAAGGGGCUUUUCAAGGGACUUUAAAUUACUAAUUACAGUCUGCAGUGUUUUCUUGUUUUAGAGAGUGGAUCCAGUAUUUAGAUAUGUCUACACUUAGCUUCCAACACUUCCAAAAUUAGUUGAAACCACACGAAAUAAGACAACAAUUCUGAACCUCAUAAAAUUAAAUCAGUUAUUUGCACUAAUAUUAAAGAGUUGACCUACCUCUGAUAAGGUCUAGUAGUUCUUCCGCUGAAAUGUUUGGACCUGCGUUGUUAAUUAUUUAUAGAGUCUUAUUUAGUUUUUUUUUUUCAUUGCUUCUAAAUGUUUAUCUGUUUAUGAAACUGAAUGUGUGUCACAUCUUGUUUUUUAUUUGUCUUUUGGUUUAGGGGAUGCAUUGUUACCUGAAAUAAAUGUAAUACAAUCAAGAAUA